AUGUUCAGGACCAAACGCUCGGUGCUCGUUCGGCGGCUUUGGAGGAGCCGUGCGCCCGGUGGCGAGGAAGAGGAGGAGGAGGCGGCGGCGGGAGGGGGUGAACCCGGAGCGGCGGCGGCGGCGGCCGAGGCCCGGGCGCAUGUUUGCGGCGGGGGACGUGGGUGCUGCCCGGGUAAAACGGGCCGCGGUGGUCGGGCUUCCGCGGGCGCGGAGGCGGAACUGAAGGCGCUGACCCACGCCGUGUUGAAGCGGUUGAAGGAGCGGCAGCUGGAGGGCUUGCUGCACGCCGUGGAGUCCCGCGGCGGGGCUCGGACCCCCUGCCUGCUGCUACCCGCCAAGGCCGACUCCCGCUUGGGUCAACACUGGUACCCGUUGCCGGUGUUGCUCUGUAAGGUGUUCCGCUGGCCCGACCUCCGCCACUGCUCCGAAGUGAAGCGGUUAUGUUGCUGUGAAUCCUACGGCAAGGCUCACCCCGAGCUGGUCUGCUGCAACCCGCACCACCUCAGCCGGCUCUGCGAGCUCGAGUCUCCCCCUCCACCCUACUCCAGAUAUCCAAUGGAUUUUCUCAAACCAACUGCAGAUUGUCCAGACUCUGUGCCUUCCUCCACUGAAACAGGGGGAACUAAUUAUCUAGCCCCUGGGGGGCUUUCAGAUUCCCGAGUCCUUCAGGAGCCGGGGGAUCGGUCACACUGGUGCGUGGUGGCAUACUGGGAAGAGAAGACGCGCGUGGGUCGGCUGUACUCUGUCCAAGAGCCCUCCCUGGAUAUCUUCUAUGAUCUACCUCAGGGGAAUGGUUUCUGCCUCGGACAGCUCAACUCUGACAACAAAAGCCAGCUGGUGCAGAAGGUGCGCAGCAAGAUCGGCUACGGCAUCCAGCUCACCAAGGAGGCGGACGGCGUCUGGGUGUACAACCGCAGCAGCUACCCCAUCUUCAUCAAGUCGGCCACACUGGACAACCCCGACUCCAGGACGCUGCUGGUCCACAAGGUGUUCCCAGGCUUCUCCAUCAAGGCUUUCGACUACGAGAAGGCCUACAGCUUGCAGAGACCCAACGACCACGAGUUCAUGCAGCAGCCGUGGACCGGGUUUACCGUUCAGAUCAGCUUCGUGAAGGGCUGGGGCCAGUGCUACACCAGACAGUUCAUCAGCAGCUGCCCGUGCUGGUUGGAGGUUAUUUUUAAUAACCAAUGA